AUGAGCCCUGUUGUUGAAAGGUCCCCGCAAUUAUCGCGUGAUAGAUCUUCUUCCCACUUAGGGAACGAGAUUGUGAAUGAGUCCUCGGAUCUGGAUGGAACCACAAACAUCUCGGGAACCACCGUGAUAGACCGCCACCAUGCUGUGUCUGAUGACUCCGCAGAAGACGAUCAAACUGAAGACUCGGACGACGACAACCCCAUCUUCUUAGUUGAAGAGUUCCGCGGAUUAGAGGAUUCAGCUUUAAGCCUCAUGAACCAGCUGGUCUCGAAGCACUCGGACUCCUCCAAUAUCGUCGAGUUAGCUAUGGAGUGGAAGACCAACCCGAAAAGCCAGAAUGCCAAAGUCCUGAAAAGACGUCGACAGAAACUGAUUGAUAGCAUGAAACAUUACGGGCCUGAUAUGUUUAUCGAUGUGGCGCGUAUUCAAAAGUUGAUUCCAUCGGUCCCAUCCACUCCCACAAGUGCUUCUUGGCAGCCAACGCCAACGCUGCAUUUUGCCAACUGCGCUCGGCUUGCUGCGGAGGUGCUUUUGACUGACUCUAGUCCUGAAUCAUUUAGGAACCUGAUUGGGACUCUAAAUUCCAGAUUUCCGGCUCCUUUCCUCAAUGACGUGUACGCUGGGAGUGUGGCCGGGGCCAACGGGGUUAGCGAGAAGGCUGUUUUCAGACUUGCCCUCGAAAUCCGCACUCAGUGGUUCAUUUCGGAACUGGAAAGGGAAAGCCAAGGAGGGGCAAAGGUUGAUGCAUUGCUGCUCCUGAAGAAAACCUUUUUCUUUGAGCAAGGCUACGAGUCUCUCGAUGCUCGGUGGCUUCGGGCAUUUGGAUUGCCCGAAGUUUUCGAAAACGAAGACCAAAGUUUGCCGGCCAGGUUUCAGGACGAAGUCAUUGAGCGCUUUCGCGACCUGAAACUUGAGAUAGCCCAUAGCGACUUGAGUGGCCUGCGAGCGUCUUAUAAGUGGCAUCGCUUUGCGAUGCGCGUGGCCGAGUUCCUGCAUGGCCGCGACCAUGAGAUCAGAUGGCAAUUCAGAAAUCAAGCGCAAUUCUCAACUAUACAAGAAAAGCUUGAACAGUUGAUCGAAAGCAAAGGAGUAAAUCCAGAACCUAGGGGCGACCAUGCUCAUUCUCAUGAGGAAAGGUCCUCAGCACGUAUACACGACGUCCGCUUCGAAGUCCGCGAGUCACCGGCUCCUGAAGGGAACGCAACUUCUCCAGAAAUAAUUGCGCAGCCCAGUCCUCCCAUCGGGGCCCCAGGUCCUAGCAACUCUCCGCGCAAGAUCAUCAAGCCCAAAAAGAAGUCUAAAGCCCAGCGUCUCAAGGAGGGCAGGAACUUCGGUAACUGGCAGGACAUGGACAAAUUGAGCUACACAGGACGCGAAUUAAACCUCACAAAGACCGCCCAUGGCAAUGAGGCCCUACCUCGUUCAACUCAACAAUCAAACGGACCUGCUGGUGCAGCUACCUACGUUGAGAAUUCGCAUCUUGACGAGAUACCAGAGUCACUAGAACAUGGAUUUGACGAUGGAGAAACGACAUUUAUCAAUAACGAUGAAGAUUUGAGGCUUGGCGAACCUGUUGAACAAUCAACAACGCCUCCAGGCUCUGCCAGGACCAGGCAGAUGAGCUACAACCCAGACGCAAGGUCUGAACCUUACCAUCGGAGGCAGCAGACCGCGCCCACCUCAUCGGCCAAUUUCGUCUCGACUCCUCAAGGCCAACGAAGAAACCACAACGUCACUCCUCGGCGUACGCUCCUUGAUCAUCAGACCGGCGCCUCACGCGUCUCAGAUAUCGAUGAAAACGAAACUCAAAGCUCCAACCCAUCAACUGAGCCAAAAAGACGAGUCACAAAACGUCCGCGUGAGCCAGAGAGCGACCAGUCUGACGAUGACUUUGAACAAGACAGCCGCGAGAUCAACAUCGCCUUGAAACGCGCCGAGAAGCCGCAGAAAGUCCGCCGCAUCGAGCGCAGCGCAACGCCCGAUUCCGCAACCGGUCUUCAACUCCAGCAAACUCUCGCCGAGUCGAGUCAGCCGGCUGUGCUAAACAGCCAUGUUGAAGUGCAAAUUCCCCGGGCAGAGAGAGAGGGCGCACCAAUCACAUUACUGGAGAAACCAGGGCAGGUUCAGCGAAACGGAACUCCUCCGCCUCCAGCCCCUUCUCAAGCGCCAUCUGCAACUCAGACCUCUCUUCAAACCAUCCCUGCUCAAUCGUCGUGGGCAAAGAGACAUAUCACGCCAAGCGAUUCAACGCCAUCAGCAAGUAAGAAUGCCUCCACAAGGCCGCAGCCGGUUACCCCGGCGAGGAAGGGUGGCAGGUGGACUGCAGUCGAGGAUGAACGCUUUAUCCGCCUGAUGAGAUCCUAUCCCAUGCAGUGGGCUAAGAUUUUGGAACAGGACCUCUUGGUACCUGAUGCAGAAGGAGGUCCUCUGUUUUCGCUGCGGGGGCGAACGCAAGUAAAUCUCAAAGACCAUGCUAGGGAUCUGAAAGCGAAGUUCAUGUUGGCCGGAGAUCCCAUUCCCCCUGGCUUCGAGAAUGUGCAGCCUGCCAAACGUGUGGGCUUGCUU